AAACGGAGAAAGAAUCCCACCAACGAGAUAAAAAUGCUUGUUUCAACAAGAGAUGAUCAUUUUAAUAAUUGUACGACAAGUUGCGUCAUUGAUGCGUUCUACUCCAUAUUAGGAGGACUACAAGGAAAAGAAGUCUUUUUCAGAAAAUAGUCAAGUGGCCCUGAUAGAGUAUGAAAGUUGCUGUCAUUAGUCUUGAAAUGUCAGCCAAGAGAUACUAUACAACUCUACUCCACGAGUAUCCUCUCAACUUUUCUUGCUUCGAUAUGUUCAGUGCCGGCAGCGCGGCGUGUUAGUGAAAUAUCAGGGGCCCUAGCUCCUGUUUCAGCCAAACAAACAGGGAACACCGGCAAAUCAGUUACCACCAAACUGGGUCAUGUUCUACACUUCAUCUGGAGAAACUAUUGAAACGUGCAAAUCGACCGAGUCUAUUCCUAUAUGGGCACACGGAGGAUCAAUAGUCAGUCUGGGUUGGCCAUCGCGGCCCUUGUCACAUCCCGACUUAAUGAACAUGCUACGAAGGAAGCUAUGCGUAGCACCGCAAUUUGGGCCGACUGAAUGUGUAUAUAUACUCGCCAUGUUUCCUGUAUUUCUUGGCUCUGCAUGGCUCGUUGAUCGAUCCUCUUACAAUCAUUUGAAACAAUAAACGAAUAUCCACUCCUUCUAGCAAACAUGCGGUUCACCGAUUUCCUUCUCGCAAGUGCUGGCGCUUCCCUUGUUCUGGCUGCUCCUCAUACUACGAGGGCCAAGGGCAAGUUCCUCUUCACUGGUUCCAAUGAAUCUGGUGGUGAGUUUGGUGAGGGUAACCUCCCUGGAACGCUCAACAAGGACUACAUCUGGCCUACCACGAGCUCCAUUGAUACCCUCGCUAGCACUGGUAUGAACACCUUCCGUGUGGGUUUCCGCAUGGAGCGAGUGACUCCCAGUGGUAUCACCGGUGCCAUUGAUGAGGCCUACUUCAAGGGUCUCCAGGACACUGUCAACCACAUCACCAGCAAGGGCCACUAUGCCGUUAUUGACCCUCACAACUACGGCCGCUUCAACGGUAACAUCAUCAAGAGCUCUGACUUUAGCGUCUGGUGGCAAAAGGUAGCCAAGCGCUUCGCCAACAACAAGCUCGUCAUCUUCGACACCAACAACGAGUACCACGACAUGGACAACUCUGUCGUCGCUGCUCUCAACCAAGCCGCCGUCGACGCCAUCCGCAAGGCCGGCGCAACCUCCCAGUACAUCUUCGUCGAGGGUAACGCCUAUACCGGAGCCUGGAGCUGGGUUUCCAGCGGCAACGGCGCUGCUAUGAAGGACCUCAAGGACCCUCAGAACAAGAUUAUCUACGAGAUGCACCAGUACCUCGACUCCGACUCCUCUGGUACCUCUGAGACUUGCGUUAGCUCUACCAUUGGUGCUGAGCGCCUUAAGGCUGCUACCCAGUGGCUCAAGGCCAACAAGAAGAAGGGUAUUCUUGGUGAGACUGCUGGCGGAGCUAAUGCCCAAUGCAUUGCUGCGCUUAAGGGCGAGUUGCAGCACUUGCUCGACAACUCUGAUGUCUGGACUGGUUGGUUGUACUGGGCUGCUGGCCCUUGGUGGGGUGACUACAUGUUCAGCAUGGAGCCCACUACUGGUACUGCUUACAAGAAGGUUCUUCCUCAGAUCAAGCAGUUCAUUGGUGCUUAAGCGAUGUCGUCGGCAUGGUUUGAGCCAGGAAUAAGGAAGAGAACGAGUUGACCCGUGGGGGACUGAUUAUUGUAAAUACUUACUCGACGUAAAUAGUUUCUUGAGUACAAAUCAAUGUUUCUUGUUUUAAAUA